AUGGAUCCGGUUAAGAAAAAAGAGAUCAUGGAGGAUCUUAAAGACUUUGUUGAGUGUCAGUCUUUUUAUAAUAAAACCGGUCGGGCUUGGAAGAGGGGUUAUCUGUUAUACGGUCCACCCGGAACCGGGAAAUCGAGUAUGAUCGCAGCCAUGGCUAAUUAUCUUGGGUAUGAUAUUUAUGAUCUUGAGCUAACCGAGGUUAAGAGUAACUCGGAGUUGAGGAAGCUGUUGAUGAAGACGAGCUCGAAGUCGAUUAUUGUGAUCGAGGAUAUUGAUUGUUCGAUUAAUUUAACUAACCGGGGAAAGAAAUUUAAUGAACCGGAUGUGAUGUUAACCGGGUCCGGUUUAGGAGAUGAGUCUGGGAACGGGAAUGGGAACACGAUUACGUUGUCGGGGUUGUUGAAUUUUACUGAUGGGCUUUGGUCUUGUUGUGGAAGCGAGAGGAUCUUUGUGUUCACGACGAAUCAUAUAGAGAAGCUUGAUCCCGCGUUGCUGAGAAGUGGGAGGAUGGAUAUGCAUGUGUACAUGAGUUACUGUACGUUUCCUUCGUUGAAGAUCUUGCUGAGGAAUUACUUGGGAUACGAGGAGGGGGAUUUAAGCGACGACGUUUUGGAGGAGCUGGAGGGAGUGGUGGAGAAGGCGGAGAUCACGCCGGCGGAUGUGAGUGAGAGUUUGAUUAAGAAUAGGAGGGAUAAGGAGAGAGCUGUGAGGGAGCUGUUGGAGGAUUUGAGAAGGAGGGCGGAGAGGAAUGAGAAGAAGGGGGAGUUGAGGGGUCAGAAUGGGAGCUUGACGGUGGCUGAUGACGUGGAAGAGCAGGAGAAGAGGGCUUUGGAUAGUCCUUAUGCAGAAGAGGAGGAGGAGAUUGAGGACAGCAUUUGCAAGAUUAGUGAAGAUUGA